CUGGUGUGUUGGCCUUGCUGUUACUGGCACCCCCUCUUUGUUGUACCUUGUGUGUGUUUGAUUCCACGGUAGUCAUUGAAGAAGUUCUCUGUGCCCUGCUGCUGCUGCUGCUGCCGCACAGCAGUGUGGCUGUGAAUAGGUACAAUGCCACGGCAGGAUUGUGCAGCAUGCGGCUCAGCAAGUAGACGGGGAAAGUUGAUAAGCUGCCUGCACUCGCUGUGUGUGGAAUGUCUGCCAAAGCACAGCACUGACCAGGGCUGUGUUUGUUGUCCGCUGUGUUCUGUAACAACACCCCCUCCUCCCAGAGGUGUUCCCCUGCUCCAGUAUCUACCCGACAGUGAGGCAUACAGUGGUGCAGCAGACGAUGCUAGCGACCUGCAAAGGAGGUUGUGUGAUGAAUGUGCUGAGGAUACCGUGGCUGUGGCAGUAUGCACUGACUGUGGUGAUUAUUUCUGUGCGACUCACGCAGAAGGGCACCCUACCUCUCGCAGAACCUAUAAGCACAAAGUCCACCUGCUCACUGAGGUUACCGGAGACGCCGCCAGCAGACCACUACAAGCUGAUGCGGCCGCUACAAGCCAGCACAAGUGCUCCUUUCAUCCGCCAUGCAUGCUCUGUUCGUACUGCAUGACGUGUGAACAGCUUCUAUGCGAGCAGUGCCUGAGUGUGGGCAAGCAUACCCAGCACCAGGUACAGAGCAUUACUGAUGUUUCUAGUGCUUUUCAAGCAUCGUUCAAAGCCAAACUAACAAGCACAUUCUCCAGCCAGCCUGACAGUUCUCUGGAGGAGCUCACUGCCAAGGUGGGUAAAUCGUUGAAUGGUCUUCGUGACGAGACAGAAGCCGUGUCCACUCAAAUCGACGAUUACUUCUUUGAGCUGAGGACAAGACUGGAUCAACGUCAGCAGGACCUGCUCGACAGGCUGGAUCGCUUGCAAUAUGCCCACGUCGGGCCACUGCAACAGAAGAAAGAGCAACUCGUCGCCGCUGCAUCCACCGGUGACAAAUUGAAACAUCUGACGGAAAGUUGCAGUGAUCCAGUCAACUUUCUCAAGAUGUACAAGUGGCUGGAGCAAGCAGUGGCUGAUGCAGCAAGUGCAGCUCAAGACCAGAUGCAAGCAUUCGUGCCUGGCACACUGGCAUUCUCAACAAGCAACAGAGAAGAUGUGAGCAAAGCCAUAGCUCAAUCUGGUUGCGUCUUCGAUAGUGGAAUGGUCUCUGCCGAGCACACAACGGUGGCUGUCCCAGUCAGCAUGGAAAACGAUACCGAUCUCACAAUAGCAAUAGAGACACGUAACGCACGUGCUGAAGACCUGCACGUCACCGACAAACACUUGGCGACGGUGCAGGUGAACGUCUCGAGUGUCGCCGACAAUGUCACUACAGCCUGCCCCGUCACCAAGGUAACCAGUAGUGCCACGGCAAGUAAACAGCUUAGUGCCGGCAGCAGCAGCAGCAGAAGCAGUGGAAUGUUGGCUACAUACAAGACGGGUGACAGGAAAGGAGAGGUGCGCGUGUGCGCUACGGUGGACGGGCAACACAUGAAGGGCAGCCCAGCAAUUGUGACCGUCACGGAUAAGCAGCUGCGAUUCGAUCCUUCACGGUGUGAUGUUGAUCUUCUUCUCUCCAACAAUGGCAGAACGGUAACACAUACUGCAGGUAUGGGUUGGAAGUCGGUCUAUGGGUUGAAACAGUGGCGAGAAGGUUAUCAUGAAAUAGCUGUCCGUCUUGACAGCAUUACUCGUGGUAAGAUUCACCAUAAGGUCUUCAUCUGCAGUGCCGCAAAGCCAAAGCUGAAUAACCAGAAGGGCGCCACUAAAGAAUUACAAUUCGGAUGGUACAGCAAUCACCCUGACGGUGGAGGUCCCUGGAAAGGCAUCGCACUUGGCCAGCCAUGGAAGGCUGGUGACGUGAUUCGCAUGUCACUGGAUUGUGACAAGCACACACUGGUCGGCCUACAUGAGCGUACUGGAGCAACAGAGACCAUCACGGGUGUGACCGGAGACCUCUACCUCUGCAUUUCCCUAUGCCAUAAUUUGGAUCGAUUUACUAUUCUGUGAGCGGUACAGUUGCGCCAUGACCAAGGAGAGCAGUGUGUAAACGCAAGCCUGCACAUCAAAAGUCAUUCCUGACAGUACUCAAUCAGCGCACAGAACUGUUUCGUUCUUUGUGGACUCAUCAGCGCAGCACAGAGGAAAUGAGGCCGAACCUGAUAGCAAUGGAAAUUAUACUUGGUCCGCCCAGUUAAAAUUGGCGCUUAUCUUCACACUUGUCUCAGGAAAGAAAUACGAAUAUUUGAAGCAAGCCACGAUCACAAAGCACUAUAUACAUGAUUAUUUACAUGUAAGUAAGCAACUCAGUCAAAAAUUCAAGCAAGUUACACAUCCUCCUCGACACUAUCGUCGCUGGAGGAAGAGCUCAAAACGUACGAUCCGGACAGCCUGCUGCACGGGUCGUUUCAUAGCUUGUUCCACUUCUCCUCGUCUCAAAUCACACUCAAAGGCAGUGCAUGCCUGUCACCUUGCCGAUGAGAAGCUGAGUGAGACUGCCCGCAUGUUGACUGUAAGUGUUAUCCCCGUUCGUCGCAAUAAUGCGUCUUUGUUUGAGACAAAAAGGCAACGCCAUAUCAGUGUCCUUUUUUUCAAAUCGCCUCUUGCGCUUGUCGUACUUGCUGAUCAGCACCCGUACCCACGCGAGCCGCUGGUGCUUGAAGAUCUACAUGCAGCGCAGUGAUAGCUUCCGCUUGAUGUAGCACCUGUGCGUACUGCUGCACCUACGACGCCGUGCACCAGGCUUUUCGGCUAGUUUCCUGAAAGUCCUUUGCACGAGUGUUUCUCUCAGGACUUGGUGUUUUCUUUGAUUAGCUCCUUUGCCCUGUCCUCUGUGAGCUUCAAAGUGUGUCCGCCAGAUUGGUCUCACUUACUGGAGAUAUCGACAUGAGCUGCAGUUUCUUCGUCAGCGAUUUGACUGUGAUAGCCCUUCACUAGGCGCUGUACUGUGCAAGCACUGAAAUUCAAGCUCGCGAAGCGCUUUUUCAGCUUUCUAUACCUCCCCGGGGUAAACAAUCCUUGCCAUCAGACAGCUGGAAGUAGACAGAAACUGUAUUCUCCAUCGCUCUGAAAUGCGAACAUCCUGACCUAUUUUACGGACUCGAGCGGAGGUUGCAGUGUUUUCUUGCGCUUACGGAAGUGUUCGUCGGCGGCAGCUCCGUCAAAAAGACUCAAACAAACCGAUCGCAACUUCUGUGUUGGUUUGUGCUGCCAUGUCGUCGGAUGCAAUGGUCAAUGGUUAUGUUCGGAUGGUGAAUCGGUGGUUCCAUGCCGUGUGGCACAGGCAGAACACCAAAAAACCAAGUUAGAAGAUAAGCGCCAAUUUUAACUUGGCGGACCAAGUAUUAUCCAACGCCAGAUGUAAACCGGGCCCGAACGUACCUAUUCACAUACAGCAUUGGGCAUUACGCUGCUCGGCAUCUGUCUUUUUGAACACUCUCGGUAGGCUGCCGUAGGGCUGCUGCGUUGUUACUAUUAUUUUAUUCCCGUAGCUAUGCAGAAGACAUUACUGUCUGGCGCUAGCCAGGGUCCACACAGCUUUAAUUUGGUGUUUAUUUAUUUGUUUGUUUGUGGCAGACGGAUCUCCGUCUGGCGCUAUCCCGUACCUGUCCCGCACCAUCAAGAGUACCAUACCAUCAAGAGAAUGAGUAUGUAUGCGAAGUGUAUCGGGGGAAUGCAUGCAG